GACGAAGCCGCUCCUACGUCAUCUUGAGCGAUAUGUUCACGUUUCACUUGCAGAACGGCCCGGGGCGGACACGGGACGGACUGGCUGCAAAGCGGAUGCGUCAAUGCGGCUCAUUUAACAGAACGAAGUGGACACGGAACGGACCGGCUGCAGAACGGAUGCGUCAACGCCGCAUGUCGUUUAACAAAUGAGCGAGAUUGCGAGUAAAGUAUGCGGAAAUUUAAUAUGAAGCGUCACCGCGGCGCUGAGCGUCGCGAUAUAUUACAUGAUCUUGGCGUGAAAUUGAUAGUAUGAGAGACGAAGUCAUUCCAGCCAUUUUAAUUCCAUUCCUGUACAGAACAUGGCGGAACAUUUUGGUUCCGGAACGAAUGCACGGCGUCACAUCUCAUUCAGUUGAAUGCGAUGGACACUUUUACAGGACGCGGAACGCAAAGUGGUUCCGAAAUGAGUGGUAUCGCGGUUUAAUUGAACGCAGUGGAUGACAGACUGAUUCGCUUUAAAGCGAGUAGCUCGUGAAUUAGUUUGACAACUUGAAGAAGGAAAAUCAAAAGGAGGUUUAACAAUUCCAAAGGAGAAGAAGAAAACAUAUUGGGCAUCAGUGGAGCAACUUGAAUCAUCGUAGCUACGCUGCUGACAACUCCACUGUUGCGCAUCGGACGAGCUUGGCCGGCAUCAAGAAUCGAAAUCGCGUCGUGGCAGAUCUUGGUCGGCUCCAAGAAUCGAAAUCAAUAUUGUGGCAAAGCUUAUCCAGCGCCAAGAAUCGAAAUCGCGUCGUGGCAGAUCUUGGCCAGCUCCAAAAAUCGAAAUCGACAUCGUAGCAGAGCCUGGCGUCAAGUAUCGAAAUCGCAUUGUAGAAGUCCUUGGCCUGCUUCAAGAAUCGUAAUCGAAUCGUAGCAGAGAAAUCUUAAGAUAUUUUUCAGCGUGAGAAGUGCAACGAAAUGACAACAUCCGUCGUCGAAUUAUUAUAAAACAAACGAACCGCAGCCGGUUCGUCGCGUCGCGCUUUUGUUUCGGGAGUGCCGUUUAAAGUAACUGGAUUAAAGUAACUGGAUUUAAUUACUCCACGGGCGCGAUUUUAAUAUCUUCGCGAGUGUUUCGCGAGUGAAACGUGAGGAAGAGACCUGACAAUCUGGAUCUGAGAGGAGGAGGAGGCCUGGGAGGCAUCAGGCGUCGGCGUAUCAACCCUUUCGAUUAACAUCUCAGGAUCUGAGAGGAGGAGGAGGCCUGGGAGAGGCAUCGGGCCUCAGCGGAGCAUCCUUGGGUAUCAUCGCAGCUUCGUUGCUGAAUAACUCCGCUCGUUGCGCAUCGGGUCGAUGUGGGCGAUAUUUUUACUGUUGGUCUCCACGUGGUCGUCGUCAUGGGGUCAGGUGAUAAACAGGGCGCCCCACUUCAUCCAAGGUGGAGACAUGGCCAGGUUGGCUGUGUCAGAGAGUGCACCACCUGGUGCUCCCGUUUAUACCCUCCGCGGGGAGGAUCCUGAAGAGUCCAGGUUGCAUUAUUCUAUCAGCGGCGAAUACUUUACCGUGAACAGAGAAACCGGAGUGGUGAUCCUGAGGAAAGCCUUAGACAGAGAAACACAAGAUCUCAUUGAAGUCAUUAUUAGCAUAACAGACGAAGGUAUCGCCGGGUCGGAGCCCAACACGGUGUCUCUUCGUCGCGAAAUAGCUGUGCUCGACGAAAACGAUAAUCCACCGGUUUACCAUGGCCGGCCGUAUGCAGCCAGAGUGCCAGAAAGUGCGCACGUGGGUGGCUUGUUACUUCCUUCGGGCACGAUCACGAUCACGGAUCGCGAUGGUGGUGUGAACGCCGACGUUCACGUACAAUGCGUCUCGACGUCGCGCGACGACGACGUCUGCGAGAUCUUCGACGUCUCCACGGAGAAGCUCGCUGAAGGGAAAUACGAUGUGCAGAUCACUUUGGUGAAACCGUUAGAUUACGAGAGGAGAAAUUCAUAUUUGAUUAAUUUGCUGGCUGUCGACAGAGCCAGCGAUCCAUCGAAGAGGUUGCAGGCCAGAGCGACCGUUGCCGUUGAUGUCCUCGACGUUCAGGAUCAGCCACCUGUUUUCCUGAAUGCGCCUUAUAGCGCGGCGCUUCCGGAGAACACCGCAGCUAGUCACACGGUUUUAAUAGUACGAGCGCGUGACGGUGACACCGGUCAGUCGAGAAAUCUGUUACUGACGCUGGAGGACGACGAUGCGGGUCACUUCAAUCUCGAAAUGUCCCGCGACGGUGAUGUCACGGUUGGCAAGCUGAUCACGACAAACGUGUCCCUUGAUCGCGAGGAUCCUAGGAUCCUGCAGAACGGUGGCAUUUAUACCUUCCGAGUCAAAGCCACCGAGCUGAUCAACAAUGAAAUACCAGCCGACACCGCGACGUCGAUCGUCACGAUCGUCGUCACAGACGUGGACGAUCUUGUGCCCACUUUUAAUGAAGAUUACUUCAGCAUCAGAAUCUCCGAGGACAUUGGAAAGAAUACUCCUCUACCAGGUCUAAAUAUGAUCGUGAGCGAUGGCGACGUGGGCGACAAUGCGAAGUAUUUCCUGGCGUUGCGAGACGUGCCGCGAUACCCUGGAAUAAGCAAAGCAUUCACUGUCAGUCCUGAAGAGGCUCAAGGUCGAGUACCGGUAGUGAUCAAGGCUAAGGAUGUCAACGUUCUUGAUUACGAUGUCGAUGAUCCCGCGAAGAGGGAAAUCGAGUUCGAUGUCAUCGCGACUGUAGCGAGCGAAGUGGUUGCCACCUGCAGAGUGCACAUCCAGCUGUUAGAUGCCAACGAUCACAGCCCCGAAUUCUCUCGAUCGAUGUACAAACUGACGAUUCCGGAAGAUGCGGAACCCGACACUCGCUUCAGUGAUAUUUACGCAAGGGAUUACGACAGCGGUUCCUUCGGCCAGUUGACGUACACUUUGCGCGGUUUCGGCGCGGACAAGUUCCGGACCGAUUCUCGAUUAGGCGGGAUAUUCGUGGCGAAGAAACUGGAUUACGAGGCGCAGAAGUCUUAUUCCUUGACGAUGGAGGCGACGGACGGCGGCGGUCGAGUGUCUGCCGUUAAUAUUCUUAUCGAACUCGAGGAUGUUAAUGAUAACAAGCCGACUUUCGAGCAGCCGGAAUAUUCCAGGACCGUUCGCGAAGGUGCUACCAGCUUUGAUCCGCAGAUGUUUGUCAGGGCGACCGACGUUGAUGGACCGACUCAAGGCAAUGGAAGAGUCGUGUAUUCGAUCAGCCGGCAUAACAGCAUGACAGAUGAUGUCUUCAAGAUUAAUCCAGAUUCAGGUGAGGUAACCAUGUCGAAACCGGUUCGUUCCGGGGACACUGAAAGGGGUAUUUACGAAUUAAUGAUUCGCGCGACUGAUACCGGCAUACCACCGUUACAUUCCGAGGCAAAGCUUCUCGUUCGCGUCGGCGUGCCUGGGAACCAGAAACCUAUCUUCCGAGGAAACUACAAGUCGAAUUUACCAGGUCCGAGUACUUAUCGGGCGAGGCUCUUGGAAAACGCGUCACCUGGAACGGAAGUCAUUCGAGUGGUUGCCAAUGACCCCGACGGAAGAGAUAACUUGCUGCAGUAUUACAUCGCGUCCGGUUCUAAGGAUAAUUUCGUUAUCGAUUCCAGUUCUGGCAUCAUAACUGUGUCACCUGACGCUCGCUUGGAUUUGGAGACUGGCGAUGAAAAAUACGAGGUGAUAGUGUACGCCGUUGAUUCGGGUACUCCUGUCAAGGAGACUGCCACCACUACCGUUACGGUGAACAUCAUAGAUGUAAAUAAUAAACCGCCGACAUUCAAUGAAUCAACGUACAUUGUUCAUGUCUCGGAGCGCGCAGCCAUCGGUGAGCUCGUAUUGAAGGCGGUAGCAAAUGAUCCCGAUACAGACGCAUAUCUGGAGUACUCUCUAGUGGAACCGACAAAGGCUGUCGACAAGACCGGGGUGGCUUUGAAGAACACUGCCUCUUACGAUUAUAAAACGGCAUUUCGAAUAAAUUCCACUACCGGCGCGAUAACUGUUAAUCGAAUGCUAGAUUAUCAAGUGGCCGCUGUCGUAAUAUUAACGGUGCAGGCGAAGGACCUAAACGCUGUCGUCGACAGGGACGAGCAGAUAGCGAAGGUGGAGGUGAUAAUUUACAUCCAAGCUUACAGCGAUGACAAUCCGACGUUCACCAAUUCUGGAUGGUCGCCAAACAACCCGACGAUAAAAAUCACGGUUCCGGAAGAACAACCUCUAGGUACGACGUUAUUGAUGCUCUCGGCGAAAGAGCCGACAACGGGAUAUUCGGUUCAGAGGUUCGAGCUGGUGAGAGAGGACGAUGAUGAAGGAUACGUUAAUGUGGGUGUUCAGAGCGGCAACGUGGUGCUGAGCAAGAGGCUGGAUUACGAAGUGUUAAAUCAGAAGUUUAUUCGUUUUAAAGUACGAGCGCUUGCCAGAGAUUAUGAUAUAACGCGAAAGAUGUCGGAGGCCAACGUAAUUGUCGAGAUUCACGAUGUUAACGACAACAGUCCCGUUUUUGGACAGAAGGAUUAUAAAAUAUCUGUAUUGGAGUCAGCUAAACCUUCGAAAAUUGUGUUAAAUGUUCAAGCAAUGGACAUGGAUAGCUCUAAAACCGAACAAGAAGUUCAGAGAGGAUAUGGCGAAGUGAGAUACUCUUUGACGGGUGAAAACGCCAAUCUCUUCGAAGUGGACCCUAUAAUGGGCAACAUCCAGAUUGCCGCAAACACGACUCUCGACAGAGAGAGACAAUCGGUGUUGCGUUUUUACGUCGUGGCAUCGGACAUGCCUCAAGGUGGAGCCGAACAACGAAGCAGUCGAGCCUUGGUGACGAUCGAUGUCCUCGAUGUUAACGACAACGCUCCUAGCUUCGAACAGGAAUCUUAUACCGCGGUAAUUCCGGAGAAUGCACCGGUAAGAAUCAGCGUGGUGAAUAUCACGGCUACUGACCCAGACGAAGGCAAAGGCGGAACAAUUCACUUCGAGAUCAUCGACGAAGGUGAAGCUAAUGGAUUGUUUAAAAUAAAUCACACGACGGGCGAGAUUUAUUCGGCACGAGCAUUAACAGGCAAAGGCAGGACUGAACCGUACAACAUGCGAGUGCGAGCACAAGAUGACGGCGAUCCAGUUCUGUACUCGGACGUGAAUCUCAUCCUGUACAUCGGCGACGUGGUGAGCAACGACGGCGUACCAUUGUUCAUCAGACCAACGUUGGAGGAGGUGGCCUACAUCGCUGAGAACUCCACCGUUGGUAGUCCGGUGUUCCAAGUGGUAGCGUCCGAUCCUGACGAUCCAAAUUUACCGAAUGGCAGAAUCACGUUCCGUUUCCUGGAAGACGGUAAUUUUGGCAAGGACGCGAGUGCCUUCAGAAUUAACACCGAUACCGGACUAAUCAGUACACGCAAGUUACUCGAUCGAGAAACCAAAGACAGCUACACACUGAUUUUAGUAGCGCAGGAUCUCGGUGAACCGCCGCAGCAGGCGACCAGGGUACUUCAGGUGAUCGUGAAUGACAUCGAUGAUCACAAACCACACUUUAAACGCAACCUGGACAGUCCGCCAAUUGAGCUGAACAUCCUGGAAGAAAUGCCGGUAGGCUCCAAAGUUGGCGUGAUCGAAGCGGUUGACGAAGAUAUCGGUGAGAAUGGGAUGAUCGGAUACGAGAUCACGUACGGGAACGAGGCGGGACUUUUCGUGGUGGAACGCCUGGAAAAUAAUUCAGCGAUCAUCAAAUCGAACGGUCGUCUCGAUCGGGAAACCGCCGAGUCUCACUUGUUGACAAUGAAGUGUUUCAAAUACUCUUCCAAAAAAUUGGACAUAGUGCCGAAACCAUACAACAGACAAGACCCGUCGGAGAGGCAGGUACUUGUCAAGGUCUUGGACAUCGACGACAAUAAGCCGAGGUUUAAGAAGGAUAACGUAACACUAGGGGUUCGCUUAAACGUGCCAAUUGACACCAGCUUGAUCACCUUGGACGCCUAUGACGCUGACUCUAGCGCGUUGCCCAUCAAUUACAACAUGAGUAAAGUAUCGUUCACGUCUCUAGUUGAUCCCGCCAUGUCACAGAAAGAGAUACCGUCGCAAUUGUCUUUGAAUGCACAAACCGGAGAACUCAGGACGACAGGCUCCAUGGCGGGAUACGCGGACGGUUUCAUGGAAAUGAUCGUGUCGGCGAACAAUUCAGUGACGCUGGGAGGCGAAACCAAUAUCACCGUGAGGAUCUUUUUAUUGCGCGAUCGCGACAUGCUGAAGUUCGUGUUCUCUAAGCCGCCGGUCGAAGUCAGGAAAACGCUGGAGGAUUUUGAAAAGGCGGUUCAACAGGCUCUCUCGCUGCCUAUCAGUGUCAACGUUUACGACACACAGUUCUACUCAAAGGAGGACAACUCUUUGGACUUUUCGUCAACUAGUUCAUGUUUCCAGAUGGUUGGCAAAGAGUCCUACGACUUGGAUGAAAUGCGAUCCCUCCUGACUGAUCCGAGAAAUAAAGAAUUAAAGAAAGUAUAUAAAGCAUAUCACGUAGAGAAGGUGCAGCACUGUGCUGCUGUGGUAGCUCGAGCUGAUGCCUCCAUGACGCAGAUAUGGGUUCUGGCCAUUGCGGUUCUCGUCGGAAUCGCUACCAUAAUCUCCAGCUGUACAUUAUGCUGCAUGCAUUCCAGAUAUAAGCGGCAGGUGAAACAUGCGCGUUUGCGCGAUCAACCGCGUCCCCCUCUCAGUUACGUGUCUUCUGGACCAGCCAUGGUCAGUUCUGGAUCUCACACAACUUUAGGUCCUGGCACGAUGGUCACGUUAGGCCCACAUGAAGGCCCAUAUGAGUGGGGUGCUGACACGACUCUUUAUCAUCCCAGUACACUGGGUUCAAGAACGUAGAAGUCCAAGAAGACAUGCACAAGAAUGCUUUUACCAAUUAUAAUUGAUUUUUUCUUAGUCGAAAUGCAACUGAUAGUAAAUUAUUCAGACAUACGCAAAAUUUAUUUUUAAAUUAAAUAAAAAGAAAUUUUGAUUUUAAAUUUUCAUAAAGUUAUGUCAUUUAUUUACUAAAAGAUGUUUAAAUUAAAAAGAUUGUAUGAAACUGACGCUAAGAAGAAAUCAAUUGGAAAUGUUCUUAGAAAAAAAUGCUCUUGGUGAUUCCCGAUGGAAUUGUUGAAAGUAAAACUUUUUAUAAUCCCAGGAGAUCUUGAAGAUGAAUGCAGUGGUCUAUGGUGAAAUGUGCAUCGAAAACUGUUACAGUAAUAAAGAAAAACUAUUAACAACGUGUAAUUUAUAAACUUGCAGUUAAAGGAGAGAUUGGAAUUUGAAAGAAGAAAAUCAAUGGUGCUAUACUCAUGAUGUAAAAAGUAUUAUACAAUUUAAGACGCACGUAUGUAAUAAAGUAAGUAUAUUUGUAAAAUUUGAUAUACGUGUUAUCUUUAAGUAAAUUUAGAUUAGACUAAUAGUAUGUAGUUGUACAAGCGUAAGUAUAAGUAAAAUGUAGAACCGUAAAUUUUUGACGAGUUUAGCGUUGUAAAUUUUACUUAUAUUACACUUGUAGUAUUGUUAAGAAGCUUUAAGUGAGUUCUCUGUUGUAAUAUAAUGUAAUAUCAUAUUCGUAUUUAAGACGAAAUAAAAUUGUACAUUUUAGAGUCGACAAUAUAUAUUUUCAAGUUUGUAUAAAUCA